AUGCUGUCUUAUUAUUCUGUGCAUUCUAGAAAAAGCAUGAAAUGGUGGAAGAAAGUCUUCUUCUGGAUAUUAGAAAUUGCACAGAUUAAUGCCCUCAUCAUUUAUAAUGCCACACAGGUUAUAUGUGACCAGCCUUCAAAAAAACUUUCUUUAAAAAAAUUUAAAGAAACUUUAAUUGAUGGUUUAGUUGAUGCUGCCACUGCACUGGGUGAUGUUCCCAGACAGGUGAAAGUGAAGACUGUUAAAGCUGACAGCGAAAUAGCACCUGGGCCUCAUCUUGUUCAUUAUGAAGAGAAUGAUCGCCCUUGUGUCUAUUGCAAGAGUCAAUCACAACGGAAGCGCACUAGAUUCUUUUGCUCAGGUUGCCCGUCGCAACCUCGGCUCUGUGUGAAACAUUGUUUUCGUCUAUACCAUGAGGAUCAGGCAAAACAAUAGCUUUCGAGUAGUGGCAGUAGCCUCAAUGUAAUGUAAAUAAAUGUAUAUAUAUGUGUGUGUGUGUGUAAAAUGUAAAUAUUAUUCCUAUUUCACUGGAUAUUGUUUUUUUUGCCAAAAAUUAUUUCCAAUUGAAUUACAACUCUACGCGUCUAAGAAUUCCAUGCUGCGGUUAAAAAAACUAAUCAAAAUAGUUCUACUCGGAGGUGUUUCCGGAGGAACAUUCUAUUUAACAUGUGGUAAUGACCUUGACCUUACUUCCUUUGGUGUGGUUAGAUUCGGUCGAGCAGCUCUAGCAGCUGUGUGUAUAGCUGUAGACUACAAACUCUUGUUCUCCAAGUAUGACAAGUCACAUCCAGAGUACAGUCAUGCUCUUCACCAGGUCCAUUUAAAGUCUUCACUACGUCUGAGGAAUAUGUGUUGUAAAAAUGGAGGUGUGUUUAUUAAAGUUGGUCAGCACUUGGGAUCAUUAGACUAUCUUCUCCCAGAAGAAUAUGUUCAAACAAUGAAAGUUCUUCAUAAUCAAGCACCACAGUCAGAUUUGACUUUGUUAAAACAAGUCAUUGAGGAAGACUUGGGCAGAAAGGUUGAAGACAUCUUUGUUGAAUUUGAUCCUAUACCAUUAGGAGCUGCCUCGUUGGCUCAAGUUCACAAGGCCAAGCUGGCUAAUGGGCAAGUAGUAGCUGUAAAAAUACAACAUCCGAAAGUGAAGGCUCGAUCCUAUGUUGAUAUCAAAACUAUGGAGUUUCUUGUUCAUGCUUUGGGCUGGGUUUUUCCAGACUUCAACUAUAUUUGGUUAGCAGAGGAAACCAAGAAAAACUUACCAGUAGAACUUGACUUUUUAAAUGAAGGAAUGAACUGUGAGAGAAUUGGGAAAAUUCUGAGUCCAUUUAAAUUCUUGAAAGUUCCUGCAAUCUACUGGAAUCUCUCAUCCGAUAGAGUCCUGACCAUGGAGUUUUGCGAAGGGGGAAAAGUGGACAAUGUCCAGUAUAUGAAGGAGCACAACAUUUCUGUGAAUCAGAUCACCGAGCGUCUGGGCCAGCUGUACAGUCAGAUGAUAUUUGUAGAAGGCUAUGUCCAUUGUGAUCCACAUCCAGGCAAUGUUUUAGUUCAUCCGACAGACUCUGGACCUCAGAUAAUUUUACUGGACCAUGGACUUUAUCAGACUCUGACUGAUGAUUUUCGAAUGCACUACAGUAAGAUGUGGUUGGCUAUGAUCAAUGCAGACGUGGAAGGCAUGAAGACGCAUGCUACAGCUUUGAACGUUGGGGAUUUGUUUGGUUUGUUUGCAUGCAUGCUGACGGCAAGGUCAUGGAAAUCUCUUACUGAGGGGAUAGAUAAAAAAAAAUUAACACCAGAAGAGAACAUGCAAAUCAAAGAAAGCGUGUCCAAGUACUUGAUGGAUAUUUCAACCAUACUGAACAGGGUUCCUCGACAGAUGUUAUUGCUGUUGAAAACCAAUGAUGUCCUGCGAGGCAUUGAGCAGUCUCUCAAGUCACACCCUGGCUCUGCUUCUUUUAUGAACAUGUCGCGAUGUUGUAUCAAGGCAGUGACUGAUUGGGAGCUGAACUUGUGCCACAGCUGGCAUUGUUACAUUCGUAUCAAACUGUAUCAAAAGAUUCAACUUGCCAGAUUGUCUCUCUAUUCUGUGUACCUGUGGUUUACCUCAUCUACUUUAGCUACUUUGACUAGAAAAUAUUGGUCUCCUGCUGUCAGCUGAUGGCUGUUUUAAUGUAGUUUUGUUAGUCUAUUGUGAGUCAGCUGAUGUCUGUUUUAAUAUAGUUUUGUUAGUCUAUUGUGAGUCAGCUGAUGUCUGUUUUAAUAUAGUUUUGUUAGUCUAUUGUGAGUCAGCUGAUGUCUGUUUUAAUGUAGUUUUGUUAGUCUAUUGUGAUUAAAAGAAUAAUUUAUUAAAAGAAUAUUUCAGCCUGA